UUUGGUUGUUCGCUUCGGUAGCAUCGUUUCUUAGGUAGGCGACUGCGGCACUUCGCUUGGCUCCCACCGCGGCGCGGCGAUCGGAGAAACGGCUUGAGACUUCGGCUUUGGGUGAAAGAAAAUGGCCCGAACCAAGCAGACUGCUCGUAAGUCUACUGGUGGGAAAGCCCCCCGCAAACAGCUGGCCACCAAAGCUGCCAGGAAAAGCGCUCCCUCUACCGGCGGGGUGAAGAAGCCUCAUCGCUACAGGCCCGGGACCGUGGCGCUUAGAGAGAUCCGGCGUUACCAAAAGUCCACUGAGCUGCUCAUCCGAAAGCUGCCCUUCCAGAGGUUGGUGAGAGAGAUCGCCCAGGACUUCAAAACCGACUUGAGGUUUCAGAGUGCGGCCAUUGGUGCGCUCCAGGAGGCCAGUGAGGCGUACCUGGUGGGUUUGUUUGAAGACACUAAUCUGUGUGCCAUCCACGCCAAGAGAGUUACCAUCAUGCCCAAAGACAUCCAAUUGGCUCGCCGGAUACGGGGAGAGAGAGCUUAAGUGAAGGCAGUUUUUAUGGCGUUUUGUAGUAAAUUCUGUAAAAUACUUUGGUUUAAUUUGUGACUUUUUUGUAAGAAAUUGUUUAUAAUAUGUUGCAUUUGUACUUAAGUCAUUCCAUCUUUCACUCAGGAUGAAUGCGAAAAGUGACUGUUCACAGACCUCAGUGAUGUGAGCACUGUGGCUCAGGAGUGACAAGUUGCUAAUAUGCAGAAGGGAUGGGUGAUAUUUCUUGCUUCUCAUGAUGCAUGUUUCUGUAUGUUUAUGACUUGUUGGGUAGCUAUUAAGGUACUAGAAUUGAUAAAUAAAUGUGUACAGGGUCCUUUUGCAAUAAAACUGGUUAUGACUUGAUCCAAGUGUUUAACAAUUGGGGCUGUUAAGUCUGACCAUACAUCACUGUGAUAGAAUGUGGGCUUUUUCAAGGGUUGAAGAUACAAGUCUUAACCACAGUGUAACUUACAGUUUCCUAAAAAAAAAAAAGAAAAAAGAAAAGAAAGUAAACCUGGCA